GUGAGACUGGAAUGAGAGAAGAGCUUACAAAAUGGCGUCCCAUGUGUUACUGUAGCCGGCGUUGGAGGAAACGCAUUUAUCGACCGAUCUGUUGUACGCUUAAUGUCGUCCGCAAAAUUUUGAAGCAGCUUCGUUUAGAACAGGACAGCAAUCACUAAUACUUUAGGAUUAGACGAGGCUGAAAUUCAGCUUUAGGACAAGAACCUGACUGUGCCAAAAAAUGGAUAAAGAGAAAGAAAAGUCAGAGGAGUCUGAGCCAGACAGUGAAAAGACAGGGGAGGGAAGUGCUAGUGGAAAGAGAAAACGUGUUGUAUACAACAUGGAGCCCCGAACACCACUGAAACGUCAGCGAAUCCCUGUUCAACGAUUCCAGUCUCCUCUUGAAGAGCAGGAAGGAACAAAAGGGAGAGGUGGAACACCGACCUCUGCAAAAGAAGAUGUUGCAAUAGCAUACAAGAAAAAUGUGUAUCUAGCUGUGAGGGGAGCGGAGGGCUCCUUUUUACCUGUGCCGCACACUGCAAAAUGUGAGGAUAGGAUCGCGACGAUUCCGUAUUCAGUGGUUGUCUCAGGAUCAAGCAGCUGAUGUGUACAAGUUUGACUACAUUGACUUCACCGACAUAGAAUGUGUAUUGACUGAUGUCAGAAUGGAGCGUGUUGCUCGUGAGACAUAUCGACUCCCAGCAUCAGAGAAGUUACGUGUGGAGAAAUUAUUGAACAGAACUUUGCAGUUUGAGUCAGGGGAUCUUAUGGAAGAAGACCUUUUGGAAAAUGAGAAAGUACAAGACGGUGCUAACUUGGAGGAUAUUGGCACACCACCUACCAAAAAACUGAAGACAUCAGGUUCCAAAGAGUCUUCACCAAAGAAACGUGCAGGACCCAGAACUAAAGCAUCCUCACUUGCAAAGGAUAAAGAGAAAGAGAAAAAACUCAAAGUCAGAGAGAAGGGAAAGAAACCUAAAGGGGAAAGGGGAAAAGGACCAGAUGGGAACCUCAAGCCAAAUCCGAAGAUCAAAAUAUUGGAGAAAGAUCCUUUCUUUGAUGGAAAGGACCCUGGACCAUUCAUAUCUGUUACUGUUCAGAGUCGCCUUGCCUUCAGUGCUGUUGCCAAUGGUGAUGUUGAUCUCCUGAAAGAACUGAUUAUAAGUGACAAAGUUUAUAGGCUGGAUUUGCAGCGAUCACCAGAUGUUAGCAAGAAUCCCCUAGAUUUUGCUAUAGGAAAAGAGUCAAAAGAAAUGAUUGAACUACUGGUAUCUGACAUUUUCUCAUUUGAUAAUAAGCGUGUUCAGAAAGGACCACCAGUAACUCUGCUGAAAGAAACUAGCACUGGGAUGUACAAUCCUGUUUUUCUGGGUGUGGAGCACAUCCGAUCUUUAAGUAUGAGCAGAGGAGGUAAAGAAGGCAACAGUGCUUUUGCGAAGGACAUUGCUGAGCCACGCAGUGAAAUUGACAGUUACAUCCAGAAUGCACUGGUAAAGGGUAUUUCACCCGACUUGCUUGACUUCCUUAUCAAUCUCUUCAGCAGUGCCACUUCUGAGAGCAGAGAUUCUGUGGUGGACCAGUUUAUCAAUAACAUUUAUAUUGCUCUUCAGAAUGGUCACAGGCAGAUAGCAGCUAGACUUGUAGCGGAGGCUGUUCGCCUGGGUGGCUAUGGGUAUAACUACUUACAUGAGGAGGUCCUUCGAUUCACAAAAGAAGACCUUCGAGAUCAUAUCCUUGCUGCAUCUGUACGCAAAAAGCCAUUUGACAACAGAGGCAUAACUCCUCUUCACUGUGCGGCAAUCAACCCAAAUGUGAAGUAUCUGAAAGCCCUGCUGACUAUAGAGCCAGAUAUCACUCUGAUGGACCGCUCACACAAGCGUCUGAUACACUAUGCAGCUGUCUGUGAAGGCACAGGACCACUGGAAUUUCUGUUGCAAAAGGGAGCCAAUCCAUAUGAAGCUGAUUCAAUGGGUAAUUUGCCUUUACACAGAGCAUGUGAUGCAGGUCGAGCACAUAAUGUGUCAGUCCUCCUCAAAUAUGCACAAAAUGCAGUAGAUAAAUCGGAUCCCUCUGUCAUAAAGUGGGGCGUGGGUGGAGUUGACCGCCCUAACCGCUCAUCCCUCUGUCCUAUUCAUCUGGCUGUCAUGAAUGGCCAUAUGGAUGUUCUGCGUGUCCUGCUGAAAAACAAUGUUAACGUCAACAAGCCACUGUCAGCAUCUAAGAAAAAGGUUACACCUCUCAUGCUAGCUGCACAACAAGGGUUUCUGGACAUGGCCCGACUCCUGGUGCAGAGUGGGUCUAAGGUUGAACUCACAGAUAAGCUCAAGCGUACAGCCUUGACCCAUGCAGUGAUAAAUGGCAAUGCUAAUGUGGCUAGUUACCUGCUAUACCUGGGGGCUGAUCCCAACCAUGUGGACUCUUCUGGCAAUUCUCUGGUUCAUUAUGCUGCUGCCUAUGGCUGGUACCACUGCCUUCGUCUUUUGAUCAAAGAUGGCGGAGCUGCUCCCAAUGUGGAAAAUGAGUGGAAGACCACUCCCUUGGCAAUAGCAUUUCUCAAAGGGCACACUGGCAUUGUGGACUUCCUGCUGAGUCUGCCAAAGACGGACAUCAACUUCAGAAAUGAUGAAGGGAUGACACUCGUCAGUAUUGCUGCUUCCAGUCGCUUACAACCAGGUUUAGAGAAAGAAGUUGACUACCUAGUCAAGGAGAAGGGUGCUGACCCUAAAAUUACAGAUAUCAAUGGAUUCAAUGCUCUUCAUCAUCUUUGUGCAAACAACAUAAAAUUGAAAGGGAACCAAUGGUCACCAGAGAUCUGUGAAGAAGCCAUGGACACAAGUGUGAAAAUUGCAAGGACACUGAUUGAAGCUGGCUGCGAUGUUUCACUUCCUGCUGUCAAUGGCAAAACACCUGUUUCCCUUGCAUUGGAGAUGGUUAACUACAAACUAGUGCAGCUGCUGGUGGACAAGGGCAGUCAGGUACCGUCUGACAAGAAUGAAGAAGAAAAGAAUAUCCUGCAUAUUAUGGCAGAGCAGUGCGUUACCACACCUAUGUCACAUCUUCUACAUAUUCUGGCUGGCAAGGCAGGGCCAGUGAGUGGGGACCAGGCUGAUGACAGCAUCAAAGAGGAAAAGAUGGAAGUGGAGGGACUCAGUAGUGGAGGUGGUGAUGCUGAUAGCUGUACUAAAGCAGGAAAGUGCCGGCCAAACCUUCAGGAAUCACUGAAGAAGAUGGCAGCAGAGACAGACUUUUUGGGCUUCACGCCACUGUUGCGGGCAUGCCAGGUUUACCGCAUGUACCAGGUACCACGCAACCUAAAGCCUGCUCAGGUGGAACAGCAGCAAGAGAAUGGUCGCCAGUUCAUCCGUGCGCUAAUUGAAGUUGCCGGCUCAGAUGUCAAUGCUACUGUCCAAGCUAAAAACAUUCCUGAUGCAAAAAUACCACAGUAUACAUCUGAAGACAAAGACAGAAGUGCCGCUAAAGUGGGAGCGAAAGAGAUAAAUAGUCCUGGCCUUCAGCUGUUGUUGGAGUUUUCCCCCAACCUUGAACUGUGUGACAUGAACUCUGACACACCACUUACCAUUGCUGUCUGUAACAGAGACAUUGACAAAGUCCAGCUCCUUUUAGAGAAAGGAGCAAAUCCUAAUGUCAGUUUUUCCUACACCGAAAGAAAGGUCACACCAGUCAUCUAUGCAGCUAUCAUAAAAGACUUGGCUCUUGUUAGACUCCUUCUCAACAAAGGUGCAGAUGCAAGCAGGGUAGACGAGAGCAACAAGUUUUCUCUGUUGCACUAUCUUGUCUUGAACAGAGGUUCAGAAUCGGAAAUAAUAGAACUGCUGAAGACCCUGAUUCAAAAAGGAGUUGGUGUAAAUGCCAGAAGCAAAGAUGGCACUACACCUCUUCAUGUUGCUGUGGCCAGCAAUGCUGGUGGUGCAAACACCAGUACCACCAUAGAGGAGUUCCUUCUGUCUCACAAAGCCGACGUUUUUGCCAAGACGGAGAAUGGCAAUAUGCCACUGCACAAAGUUUUUGACAAUACGUCUGGAGAUCCUAUAGAGUUAUGCAGCCUUCUGACAUCUGCAAUGAAUGAUAAAAUGGUAGAUGAACCAAACAGCUUAGGGAUGACACCACUGCAUCUUGCUGCUGCACAGGGGGCUACUAUCUGUUGCACUCAUCUGAUAAAACGUCAGGCACAGAUCAAUCGCAAAGACCUUUGUGGCAACACUCCUCUGUCGUUUGCAAUAAAAAACAAGAAAGACAGUUGUGCCAUUGUACUUCUGCAGCAAGAAGCAAAUGUAAACCACGAAAUAGUGCUUUAUGAUCCUGUCGUUGAGCGGCAAAAAGAAAGUCCUGUCAAAGUGCAGGAAAAAACACAGUCAGUAGAAAAGAAAGAAAAGACUGUUCUUAAAUGGCGACCACUGCAGCAGCAGCAGAAAAAAGAGACAGAACGAAAGAGAGAAGCUUACUCAAUUUUCCAGGGAGCCCUUUACAAUGAUUUACAAGGCGUUGCCUACCUUCUUCUAGACAAAACAGGCAUUGGAUUCUCCUCUGUUGAGGCAGCUCUCAACGUAAACAAAUACAAUGUUGCUCUGCGCUUGAUACAUCGAGCGCCAAAUUCAAGUUGUCUGCAAGGAAAGAACAAAGAGAAUCAAACCCUCUUUCAUAUCCUGGCUUGGAAAACACGUGCCGGGGCUUAUGAGGAUCUACAGCUCAAGGUUGCUCAAGCAUUGCUGGAGAAAGGAGUGCCUGUCAACACAGUAGACAAUCAGGGCUGUACCCCUGUUCAUUACUGUGCUAUUCAGCACCAGCCUGUUUCACUUGCUCGCUUCCUUAUUGAGAACAGCAAGAACUUUGAUGUUAAGCUGAAAGACAAAAUGGGAAGAGAUCUUGUAUCUGCAGUCAUGUGGGACUAUGAGUGGGUGUCCAGUGCAUCAAGCAAAGCAAUGGCUUGGUUGGACCUCCUCUUAGAAAAAGGUCUGACCCUGAAUGUCACCCUUGACCGACCUCUGGCUGACAUCCUACUUUUUGGGGCUUGCUUGGCCUCACCAUGCCCAGACUACUUCACUACAAAGGGGUCUGAGAGAGUGUCUCCGCUUAUGCUUGCCAUACGCAAUUACAACUUUGGCCUUGCACGAUACUUACUUCAGAAGGGAGCAGAUCCCAACUUCAAAGACAGCAUGGGACUGACUCCACUCAUGCAUGCGGUGAAAAUGAAUGAUCUCACUCUUGUGAAGUUGCUGCUGAACUAUGACUACAACAAAGACAUUCUGGAGAAGCCAGCAAAGAUCUUAGGAACCAGUGCAAAGCCAGUUCUUGAGAAGCGUCUCUCACGUCAUGUGUUUACAAUCAGACCAGAUAAGAUGGCAGAAGAGAUGCAGAAAGACCCAUCUGUUGAUGAAGAUGAGGGAGAAAUUGAGGAGGAAGAAGAUGAUGCUGUGGAUGUAUGCAUUGAAAGUGAAGAGGCAGAGGAAGUGGCAGAGGAAGACGAGAACAUCGGAGAAGUAAAUGGCAUUGACGAUGACGAUCUUGUGGACGAUGAGGGUGAAGGGGACAGUGACCGUGAUACAGACAUUGUAGAUGAUGAUGAAGAGGUGGAUUUUCUUCCUACACCAGCAGAGAAGAUCUUGCCACGUCUUGGCUCAAAGCAGCUGUCUCUCACUCGCAGUGGAAGUUGUGUGACAGAAAAAUACCAUACUGUGGAGAAAACAAGCCCUGUUGACUUGGACCUCACAGACACUCAAGGUCUGACCACCAUUCACCAUGCUGUCUGCUCUCUGGACUAUGGAACCUACGACAAUCCUGAGAUGGUUUUUGUUUUGGCUAAGGCUGGUGCUAAUAUAACCAAGAGAGAUCAUGCAGGUUUGCCUCCCUUAGAGUGGGCUUUGCUGCGAGGAGCGCCAAAGAUUGCAAAGAUUAUCCAAGAGAUUGUAGGGCGCCCAGUAGAAGAACAGGAUAAACCUACGUACAGUCCAUUUGAUGUCAGUGAUGGCAUCCUUGGUGAUGGCCGAAAAGUAAAUUAUCUGGAGGAUGCAGACAGCAUGUCUGCAAGUUUAGAAGAAGCAGCUAUGGAGGCAGAAUUUGUUAACACCCGACCUACCCCAGAUAAGAAUUGUGAUUUGGCAAAAACAGGUGAAGUGUACCAUGAUCAAGUCAAAGACCUGAUAUAUGAUGUAACCCUCUCAAAGGUGGAAGUGUCCAGCGGGCCAUUUGGAAUGUACAACUUUUACAAGAUGCAGAUCAUCUGGCAGAAGGGAAAGGACCUCUAUGUUCUGUUCACACGGUGGGGUCGCAUUGGAGAUCGGGGUCAGUGGCAGCACACAGCUUUUGGCAAACCUGAGGAUGCUGUAAAAGAGUUUUGUAAAAUCUUUAGACAAAAAACAGGGAAUGACUGGAACAACAUCAGCAAAUUUGUGAAUCAUCCCAAGAAGUACAGGCUAUUGCCUAAAGAGGAACCCCGAAGAAAAUUGAAAGAAGUAGAUUUCACAUUUACUGCAGACACACCUUCAAAGCUUUCAGCAGCUGUACAAGACUUACUGCAGGAACUGACCAAUGUCUCCAUGCUGCAUGCAUCAGCCAAAGCUAAGGGACUGGAUGAAGACAUUAUGCCUUUUGGUCACAUUCAGCGUGAUGUACUCAUUGCAGCUCACAAAAUUUUGCAACAACUAGAGGAGCUGAUAGUUACUGUCAACAAACAGCAAAAAAACCUGUCAACUGUAUCAUUGGAGGAAUACCAACAAAACUGUGAGAAGAUUGCUUCACUGACUAAUGAGUUUUACCACUUGGUACCCGUGGGUGGUUUUGAAUAUGACGUGAUACGUCCAAUCAGAGACCUGUCUGUGUUAAAAGAGCACAUGCGAUUGGUUGCUGAUCUCAUGGACAUGGAGGUGGCCAGCAAAAUUCUCCUGGGUUCUCAGUACAGGUUGAAAGAGAUGAACCCAUUGGACUACAUUUAUCGUAGUAUUGGCUGCAAGAUACAGCCCUUGAAUGAGAGUGAAACUGAGACACAGUAUAUUCUCACAUAUAUCAAUGCUUCUGGUCAUGGGUGCAGAGUGAAUGCCAUCUACAAAGUGUCACGCCCUGGUGAAGCUGACACUAUGGCAACUCGUCGCCUUGACAAUCACUACCUGCUGUGGCAUGGCACCUCAAUGGCAAAUGUCAUCUCAAUCCUGGCUCGGGGGCUUCUAGUGGCACCUGCUGAUGUGCCUAUCACAGGUCAUCUUUUUGGAGAGGGCAUUUACUUUGCUGAUUGCUUCAAAAAAAGCCGUAGCUACUGUUACAAUCCUACAGCAUGUGUCAAAGUGGCUUUCUUAUGUGAGGUGGCUUUGGGAAAUGUAAUGGAAGAUAUUUCCCAUGAUGAAGAGGACCAUCUGGACCAAGAUGUCAACAGCCUUAAGAUUCUGGGCAAGUCUGCACCUGACUCAGACUUUGAUGUUGCCCUUCCAUAUGGUGCCACCAUUCCAUUAGGACAGUUGAAACACAUGAACUAUGCCAAGCCCCCACAAAUGCCUUACAACGAGUAUGUCAUCCAUGACCCAUCUCAGAUCUGUCUUCGCUAUCUUGUCAUGUUCGAUGGCUGAGAGCUGGCAAUGUCAUCACUUUUUGUUUUGUUUUUUGUCAUGUUUACGCUGAUGUGACCAUUAAUCUUCAGUCAUGUUUAGUUUGAUGGGACCUUUGAAGAGGAUUAUCUUGUGAAUGUUAUCUGUCAUGUCAGUGAACAUUUCCAGAUGCUGGGGAGCAGUGUGUUAUGAAGGAUUGACACAUCUAAAACACUUUUUCUUUUCAAUUUUGGUUGUCAUGUUUUCAGGCUUCAGGGUUCAAGACCUUUAUUCUCUGGUCUUGGUGGCUUGAAAUCAUUUAAAAGACAUUUUUCUUUCAUAUUUCCCUUUUUUCUUUAUUUCUGGUCCAGUUUUUAGUUUGUUUAAAUUGUUUCUUUAAAACAGAAGAGUGGGUGGGAAGAAUGAUUAUUAUCUUAACCUUCUAUGUAUUAUGUUAUGGAUGCCUUAGUUUGCAAAUUUCAAGGGUUUUUUUUUGUGUGUGUUUAAUGUCCUUUUUUCUGUUGGCUCAUUUUUCGGUGUUAUGUAAAGAUAGAAAUGACUCAGGUCAUAAAAAAAUUACAUCCCUUUCAUGUAUUAAUGCAUGAGAGAAAAAUAUAGUAAAAAAUCUUUAUAUUACCCUUUUGAAAAAAUUUUGAACAUGUAUAAAAUUCACAACGUAUACCAAAACAAAACUGAUUUUUAUUGUUAAUUCUUGACUAUCACAACUAGUUAUGCGUUUAUUUGCUGUCAGCUCUUGUUGGAACAUCCCACAUUAGAGAUGGCUGAGAUUAUACAUGCACAUGAUGAGAAAAUGGCCUCUUUUUUAAAUGGGCAUACACGAGCUACAACAAACAGAAAUCAACAUCAUUGAAGUUAUGCUAAAGAGACAAUUAAAAAAAAAUGUGUACAUUUUAACUAAUUUUGAAUAUGAGCUUGACAUUCAAAAUCACCUAGGUAUUUUAAAAGAAUUAAAAAAAAAAUUGAAAUAAAGGUGAUCACAAUAAUACCUGUUCAAAAUUUUCAGAAAUUAUUUUUACAUCCUAUUUCAUAUACAAGCAGCACAUGCUUAAUAAUAUUCACUAGCUAUAAAAACUCAGUACAUCACAUGGUAUGUAAAAGCAUCUAGAAGCUGUUCAUUAGCAGCUAUAUAGAUUGUGAUCAUAUAAUACAAUUUUGCAGACUUUUUAAAGAAUCCCAACAGUACAAUAUAUCUCUCCCUCUCUUUAUCUAUAUGUAUAUAUUGCCCUGAAUUUUUUUUUAUAAAACAAGCAUUAUAAUGAGCAACUGCUUCCCUUUAAGAAACCAGGGUGAGGGAGAACAAAUUCACAAAAGGUUGAAAUAUUGAUGGCAUUCAUAGUAAGUUUCAUGACAAAGACAAUGCACCAAGAUGGCAGCUCAUUCUUCACGGGCUUAACAACAGGCUUUACAUUUGUACAAGACACUCGAGCCAAUGUAAUUUUUUAAAAAAAUGUGUAAUUAAAAUAGUUCAGUUUAUUAAGUACAUUUUUCUUCAUUGGCUUUUCUUUUCAUGGUUUAAAAAAAUUCACAAGAUGUGGACUGAGCUCAUUCCUGUCAUGAAUCAUAUUUGCCCAGCAAGAAGGUCAAGGCACCCAAAGGGCUUGUCCUUUGCCUUCCUCAGCAGAUACGUCUGCAUGUGUGAAAUUUGCAGUUCUUGAAAGCUGCAUUUUGUAAUUGCAGGUGAUGAACUUAAAAAAAUCCUGCAUUUUCUGGUGUCCAACAACCAUUGCAUUUUCAAAUUUUAAAUAGAAUGACUGUUGUUUUGGAGAUAGAAAUACACUAUUUUUCAUUUUGUGUAACCGUGUUUUAAAUGUCAUUGUAUCAUUCAUCAAACAGAAGUAAUACAUUUUGGAAGCUUUGCCAGCGUUACUUUGCAUUUGUGUACCUUUAUUCACAUGUCAGAAACUAUUUUAUGGCUGAAAACAGAUGUGUUUAUGUAGGAGCCUUUCUCACAAGGUUUUAAGAGGAUUAAAGAAUAGUUACAAGUUUUUCAGUUGUGACUUCCAUUGCAUUUGAAAGUCAACAAGUUUUUUAUUGUUGUUGGGCGUUUUUGAAAGGGUAUUGGAUUCAGUAAAAGCAUUCAUUUAGAUUUUUUCCCUCUGCCAUCAGUACAGUUUAUUUGUAUGACUAUCCUUUUUUCAAUAAUAACAUUCAUUUUGACUAUUACAUCCACUCAGAAAUACAAGUAUUAGAAUCUGACCUUAUUUUUUGACACUUGUGGUUCAUUAAAUGGACAGAUUUAUACUCUAUCUAAAAGAUUA